AUGAACAUUUCAACUCCGACAGACGGCCCAAGUACACCCCUUGCUUCCGCUUCGAGGGGCAUCAUCGGCGUCGGAGGUGGCCAGGGCUUGGGAAUUGAAGCCAUGUUUGCACAGAUCCUUGCCGUCGUUGAAAAAUCCGUCUGUCGUUUCCUUCAAGUUGCCGAACUACGUGCAGAAACCGCGGAAUUGCGUGCACAAAAUGCGACACUCGAGCGUCAGAUUAAAGAGUCUAUGAACCGCUCCAAUGCGUCAAACUCUGCCAUCAGCGUCCCGCCUUCACCCAACCUCCAAGCGAUUCGCUCGCCGUUCCUCCAGCCUUCAGAACACCCAUCGAUCUAUGUUCCGCAACCACCUCAGUUCGCUUCCCAUACCUCAUCUGCCACACUCAUUGCACGUCAAGCUGCGUUAAACAAUUUCUGGGCCGUUGUCCCUGCUGGCGGUGCAGGAACACGCUUAUGGCCCCUCUCGCGCGAGACGUGCCCAAAAUUCCUUCUCGACCUCACCCAAACCGGACGCUCGUUGAUCCAGGGUACAUGGGACCGUCUGCUCCCGCUCACCACCCCACAACGGCUCAUGGUCGUCACUGGCUCUGUACAUGCACCGGCCGUACAAGAGCAACUUCCCGACCUGCUCGCACAAAACUUGUUGGCUGAGCCGAGCCCAAAGGAGAGCGCUGCCGCCAUUGGUCUCGCAGCUGCCGUCCUCGCUAGACGCGACCCAGAGGCCAUUCUGGGUUCGUUUGCCGCAGAUCAUAUGAUCAGUGGUACCGAGGCCUUUAACUCGGCCGUUACAGAAGCCGUCCACACUGCCAAAGCUGGCUACCUGGUCACGAUUGGUAUCGCACCCAGUGGUCCUGCGACAGGGUUUGGGUAUAUCUGUUUGGGUGACAAAUUGCACCUCGAGGGCGCACCAAACGCACGCGUCGUCGAGUUCUUCAAGGAAAAGCCAGACGCCAAAACAGCCUCAAGCUACCUCCAGAGUGGAAACUAUCGCUGGAAUGCCGGCAUGUUCGUCGUCAAAGCCAAGGUCCUCAUGGAGCUCUUGAGCAAGUACGAGCCAGAGCUCGCAGAGGGUCUCGACAGGAUUGCGAGCGAGUGGGAGUUCGAAGGUGAAAAGGAGGAUGUGGCAGCUGAGAGGCGGAAAAAGGUACUCGGAGAGGUUUGGAGUGGAUUGACCAAGAUUGCAAUCGAUCAUGCCGUUGCUGAACGUGCCGCGGCGAUUGGACGAGUAGCGGUCGUACCUGCAACGUUUGGUUGGGACGACUUGGGUGACUUUUCAUCGCUCUCCGAUCUGCUUCCAAAAGAGUCCAAUGAGAUGGCCAUCCUCGGCGACUCGAACUAUGUGAUUCACCACCAAGUCGCUGGCGGUAUCGUCGUCCCACUCUCGCAGCGACUUGUUGCAUGUCUGGGUGUAGAUGACCUUGUCAUCGUCGAUACGCCUGACGCGCUCCUUGUCACCACCCGUGCGCGUUCGCAGGAGCUCAAGAAGCUCGUGGCAAAGUGCAAAGAGAGCGCUAUGUGGAAAAAGACUACAUAG